CACUGCAAAGUUCUGGCAGCUCAUGUGUCUGUUUGAGAGGGUGGGGUAAGAAACCAAACCUACUAUCUGACUCUUAUGUAUGCCUGUGUCUAAAAAUAUAUUGUUUUCUGAAUAGCAUUAAUUUUUUUUUUACAUAAAUAUACAUUUUAUUUCUUUUAAUGUCAUACUACUGAAUUUGAAAGAUAAGUCUUUUUUGACUAACCAUUUCUAUAUUUCUGCAAAGAAGCACUGGUCUCUGCUUACAGUACAUAUCUGAAGCAGAAAUUGACACUUACUGACACUUUACAGUCUUUGACUACUUCAAGGUGGAUCAUGACUGGCUCAUUCUUAAUCAUCUUUGCCAUUAGCCUGUUUGCACCUCUUUCAUUGGAAGCCCACUGGCUAUCCAAACGGUCAGUAAUUGGCUGUAUUGAUAAAUGUGACAAAUCUGCCUGCAUGCCAGUACCUGAAGACUGCAUCACAGGAGAGACACUUGACCAAUGUGGUUGUUGCUUGGUGUGUGCUGCUACAGAAGGACAACCUUGUGGUGGGUCUGGCCAGCUAGGAGACCCUGUGUGUGGUGAUGAACUUGAAUGCUCUGUCUCAGAUGGAGUUGGCAGCACAUCAACAGUGAGGAGAAGGGGAAAAGCUGGAGUGUGUGCAUGCAAGAAUCCGGAAUCGGUGUGUGGUAGUGAUGGCAAAACAUACAGAAAUGUAUGUGAACUGAGACUGGUAAACCUGAGGGCUGAGAAAGCACAUCAGCAGCCGACUGUUAUUGCCAUACAGAAAGGCCCUUGUGGAAAGGGUCAAGAAGAUCCUGACAGCCCUCGCCAUAAAUAUAAUUUUAUAGCAGAUGUUGUGGAGAAGAUUGGUCCUGCUGUGGUCCAUAUUGAUUUGUUUCGCAAAUUGCCAUUUUCAAAGAGAGAGGUUCCUAUUGCUACUGGCUCAGGAUUCAUUGUCUCAGAAGAUGGACUUAUUGUUACUAAUGCACAUGUAGUUACCAACAAGAACAGAGUAAAGGUGGAGCUGAAAAACGGUAUCACAUAUGAUGCAAAAAUAAAGGAUGUUGAUGAAAAAGCAGAUCUUGCAUUACUUAAAAUUGACACUCUGCAUAAACUUCCUGUCCUUCUGCUUGGUCGCUCAGCAGAUCUAAGGCCUGGGGAAUUUGUAGUUGCUAUCGGAAGUCCAUUUUCACUCCAAAAUACAGUAACAACUGGAAUUGUCAGCACUGCCCAGCGCGGAGGAAAGGAACUAGGCCUUAAAGAUUCUGAUAUGGACUACAUUCAGACUGAUGCUAUUAUUAAUUAUGGCAACUCAGGAGGACCCCUUGUAAACCUGGAUGGAGAAGUAAUUGGAAUUAAUACAUUAAAGGUCACUGCAGGCAUCUCAUUUGCAAUUCCUUCAGACAAAAUUCGUGAAUUUCUUGCUCAGUCACAUGACAGACAAGCUAAGGGAAAAACUGUCUCCAAAAAGAAAUACAUUGGAGUUCGAAUGAUAUCGCUAACUCCUGAGAUUGCAAAGGAGCUGAAGGAACAUCAUGAUGAUUUCCCAGAUGUCACAUCUGGAGCCUAUGUUAUCGAAGUUCUCAAGAAAACACCAGCUGCAGCUGGCGGUUUAAAGGAAAACGAUGUCAUCAUAACAAUUAAUGGACGCACCGUUACUACAGCUGGUGAUGUCAGUGAUGCUAUUAAAAGAGACAAUACUCUGAACAUUGUUGUUCGCAGAGGCAAUGAAGAUAUCAUGAUUACAGUUACACCUGAAGAAGUUGACCCUUAAACCUGGACAUGAGCUGGUUCUCGUGAAACAAUUUAAAAAUAAUUUUUAUGUUGCUGCUGCAAUAUUUUCGAGCUGGUACAAGAAGGGCAGGACCAUCAGCCAGUUCUCUUGUGUACAUCCUGUGAUGUUUGUCUAACUUUGUAACUUUAUGAACAGAACAGGCAGAUGAGUAUCUUAAAAUCACAUCUUUUGUUGCAUAUACUUGAUGUAUUCAUUAUCUUUCUUGAUGUAUCAGUACCUUUCUUAAGAAAAUCUCACUCUGCAUAACCACUCGCACUAAACAGAAGCACAGGCAUUUUAUGUGACUAGAUCACCCAUUAAGAUUCAAAACAGUAUUGUUUUCUUUCUAGCUGCAUUCAUUUUAGGAGGAACUUGAAUUAAAAUAUUAGUUUCAAGAUGCUUCAUUCAAUAUAUUUUAACAGAAUAAAGCCUCCCUUUAGCACACCUGGAUUCGUCAUAAAGAUAAAAUCCCAGAAACAAGUCAGUGAGAAUUUAUAGUGCCAGCCCACUUAACAAAUAUUAAAUAAGUAAAUAAGCAAAUAAACAUGAAUUACAUUUUUUGCUUAUUUAUUUUCUUGCCAGAACACAGAGUAAUUCAGGUUGUAUUCUUUUGAUGAUCCCUCAUCAUUAUAUUACUGUCUGGUUUAUUUACAUUUGCUCUCAGAAUGUUUUCUCCUGCUUUUAAUUAGUUUUUUACUUUUGUAGUUGCCUGAUCCACAGCAAAAAGUUUUCACCCAUGCUAAAAUGCAGGCAACUUGGGCUGGAUUAGUGACCUGGGCACUGGAUGACACUGGAAGGAAUGGCAGUAAGCAACCAGUACUGACUUUCCUAUAUCUAGGUGACAAUGUUAGCCGAGUUCCGCAACAUGACCAUCACCUGAGGAAGGCACAGGAUUACGAAACUUGCAACUAGGGAUGCUGGGGAGUAUUAUCUUGUGAAAGAGUGCCCAUACACUGCAGUUGGAAUCAAAGAUAUGGGGAAGCAUGCACUCACAGGAAGGGGGUCUAAUUAUAAGAACUGCCCCAUGCUUUCUGGCCAGUGGGGGUGUUAGGAACCAAAAAAACACACACACACACAUGUGUGUGUGUGUGUGUGUGUGUGUGUGUGUGUGUGUGUGUGUGUGUGUGUGUGUGUGUGUGUGUAUCAUAACCUCUAAUGAAUGAUGUUUAGCAUUUAUCUCACUUUCCCUGUAUCCUAGGAUACCAGAGAUCAGAAGAAAGGAAGGAUUGUGCCAAUAGUUGAUAGAAGUUUGAUGUUCAUGGUGGUUGGGGUGGGGCAAAAUGUUUUAUUUUUACUUUUCUGCUUUGUUGACCCAGUUAGAACCACAAACUUUAUGGCCUUCUUUCGGGAGAGAUCUGAGGUAGAAUUCAUUCCAACUAGAGGAAAUUUGGCCAGGGCAGUUGGGAAAUUCUCUUUCUCUUCUUGAUAAGUGAGACUGUAACUUUUAUGUCAAACACAGCUAGUGCCAAGUCAGGCAGAUGAGACAUCUGUUUUACUGCCUCAUCUGAAGGACAGUACACUCAGAAUUGUGAUGCUUUCCCAUACUACACUGCAGUGUCAGUACUGAGAAAAUGAAACUACACACCUGGUGUGAGAAUAGAACCCUCAGCCCUCUGAUUUGCCAACAUCAAAGACAAGUAUGCUACCUGUUAAGCACUGACACAAACCUCAAAAGAGAUUUUGUUUUAAUAGCUAACAUUGUUUACUUCCUCAUGUUGCUGGUCUGAUGCAAUGAACACGCAGAGCCAGUAUUACUGUUUAGUAUUAUAUUUUACUGCUCAGCUACCUUUAGUCAUUCUUUUCUUUUAAGGUCUUCCAUAUAUACAUACGUAUUUUCUUUGUACAGUUGCCCUCCUGCUCUGUAUUGCUAAAUGUGGUGGAGACGUGUUGAAGACAUUUAAGUUAUUAAGUAUUUGGUCUGUCUUCUAGACUGUGUACUUCAUAUUAUAAGGGUUUGCUACUGUGUUCCCUGUCAUGCUAAAAGGUCAGACAUUUAUUACUUGAUCCAAAUUGUACAGAACAGUGUUGGUAAUAUUGCUGCUGAUAUGAAUUCAAAGUAGUAAGGAGAUGCUUAUCUAAAUUCUGUUUUUUUUUAAUGGGUGGACUCUAGUACACAAAAAAUGUUUCUGCAGUUGCAUGUUACUUUAUGGAGCUGAUAAUCCAGUUACUAUUAUGCAGAUAAACUUGCCUUUACUACUGUAGUUAAUUAAUUACAAGAAGUAUCUUUAUUUUUUGUGUGGACAUGUUUUUGCUAAAUACACUGUGUAGCACUCAUGAAUGCAAACUUGAUUUUUUGAUAUGAUUACACUCUAUUUGCUUUCAAAUGUGGUUAUUUUCACGCAUCUAGGAAUUUAUAUGUUCAUUUUUUUAUUGUAUUCCUAAUAUUUGUACUGGGUCUUCCAUCCAACCAAAUAGAAUGUGUCAGAGGUUUACUGGUCUCUGGUGAAUAUUUCUGAAACAGACCUUUCAUUUUUAUAUUUUUUUCAUGUCUCCUCUGCACAGAAUACUACAUUUGUAGUUUGUAUAACAGUAGAGUGAUGCCAGCUGAUGGUUGUUAAAUAGCAGUGGAAUACAGUACAGAGCAUUAGACAAUUAGAAACAAAACAGCCAUUAUGUUGGGUACACGGCUGAUCUCCACUGGUCCUAAUUAGCAUCACCAUAUGUUGCAGAGUCUUUCUCUUCUGUCUAAAGUCAGGCACAUUUCCCUGUUGGCAUAAACAUUUUCUUCUUUUGUACUGAGAUGUCAAAUAAAUGUACUUCACUUGCCCUUUGAAAAAGUCUUUUCAGAUAUGACUUUUACGUAAAUAUUUAAGCCUUAGAGACACUUUCAUGAGAUUAUCAGUAAUAUGCUUUUUAAGUUCAACUUAGCAGUGUUUAUGUGGACCUUCCUGCUCUGUUAUUGGUGACCUGAAAUCAUUUAACAAGCCAAGUAGCAUAAAUCCUGCCAUGGAGGAGUAUACACACAGACUGUCUUGGCUUCCUGAGGGAGAAUGUUGGUUGGUAUUAAAACAAUGCCUUCAAGUGACGAUUAUAUGCCAUUGUUAGACAAUACAUGACUUAAAACAGAUCAGAAAGACUUUGUACAGGAGAAAGCACGCUCAAAUAUUUAUUUUGAGCUGUUAUAUACUAUGACACAUGGAAAAGUAGAGGCAGACUUCAUUGACUACACCCAGUUCCACAGAUUAAAGGUAAUUUGUCUUCCUUCCACCUUUAAAUUUGCUCCAAAGGGAAGAAUUGUCCUUCUUCCCUCCAUAAACUUGCUCCUAGAAACAUAUUGCUGAGGUUUGUUUUUAUCGGGGGUGGGGGCAUAGUCAAAGAAUGAUUUGGCAAGAUGAGGACUAAAUAAUGUAAAUUUCUGUUUUAUCUGUGCAACUGACAUGAAGAUUUAAGCAAAAUAUCUCCUACGUAUGUUAAAUUGUUGUAUGCUUUACAUUUCUUUUUAAGACUUACUAGUUGCAGUUGACCAUAACAAACACUCCUGUAUGUAAUCUGAUAAAACUGAAACUCUAAAAGAUGAAUGCAUGUCAGAUAUUAACCAGAAAAUGUAUGAUCUGUAAACUAGCCCUUUUAGACCUGCUACUAUGGUGCUACUUACUGAUGCCAUGGUCCUACGACCUUCAUUGAUAUGUCAGGCUAGAGUCACUAUAUGACAAAAUGGAGUCUUAUAAAACAAUAAUAAAACCUAGACAACUCAUUAGCACUGAACUAAUGGAAACAGCUUCACAGGACUGCUAUAUGCGCAAGCUGGAAAAUGUAUACUCCUUGACCAUGUAUUGUUUUAAUAAACAACAUUGGGCAGUCUGCCUGUUUCUUCCCCUCUCUGUCAUAAAUUUUGAGUUAUUCAUUAGAAAAGUGAGAAAAGAAACCACUUUUGCUGAAUUAAGAAAAAAUGAUUAUUAAAACUCCAUUUAGGUGCAACCAGUGAAAAAAAUACAGAAGCUUGCAGGUAGUAGAAAUCUAAGGGUAUUAUUAAAGAAAAACUUUUUGACAGUAGUCUGAAUCAAGAGAGCUUUUCCAAGAAACCAAGAUUAAAAGCAUUGAAGUCAAUGGAGAUGUGAUACUGAAGGAAAAGUAAAGACUUAUCUAUACCAUAUUCUGGAGAUUUAAGGUAGACUAUGGGAAGAAGAAACAUGGAUAAAGCUAGAAAUUAUACCAGAGAGCACUACUUAUUUUGCCAUUUAUGAAUGAAUGAAAAAAUAAUCUUAACCACUUCAGGUUAUUCAUGGACAUUAAUGGUGCAUAGAAAAUCAAACCCUUAUGAAGCACCUGCUUUUUUGAGUGUAUCGCCACUGUUGUCCUUGAAAAGCCAAACUUCUACUGGCCUGUAGCAGAAUGCACCAUCAAGACUUGUAUAUAUGAGUCAUAAAUUAUAUUAUACAGGCAAAAUGGGUGCCAGAUCAAUGUAUUUUCCUGUGCACUAUUGCAACAUACAAAUAUUUCAUUAUGUGUAACUGACUUGUAUGGAUUUGGAAGAGAAAAGUUCUCUUGUGCUAUAGUACAAUGAAAAAGUAUAUUUUCCUUUUUUUCAGAGAAAAAGUAUGAUUGUAAUUUUCUGUAAAUUCUGAAUACGACUGCUGUUAACUGCUAAUCUGAAUUAGCAACUAAACUAAAUAUAUUUGAAUGGCUAAGAUGUUGGAGAAACAGAUUUGUUCAGUAAAUAAAUGUUUUAAAUAUUAA